CCCACAAUCAUCGUAUCAUCCGAAAAAAAAAGAAGAACAAAAUUGAUUGCGAAUGCGAAUUCAAUCUUCUUCUCGACUCGAGUAGAAAGCAAAACUAAAAUUCUUCACUAAAUUUCCCCCCAACACAAAUUUUUAAACAAAAAACCUGUCCGCAGGUUUUGGAAAAUCAUUCCAAGAGUUCAAUAAUUUCGGAUAUAUCAGCCAAACAAAACAUCUUGUUUCUUUAUUUCCUUCUCUAAUAAAUCAUUAGAUACAAAGAAAGGAAAAUGGCACGAGGACAUCAGAAAAUCCAAUCCCAAGCUAAGGCAGCUGAGAAGCAGGCCAAAAUGAAGAAGCAACAAGGACACAGUGCAACUGACCAGAAAAAGGCUGCACAAAAGGCCCUCGUCCACGUUUGUGCUGUUUGUAAGUCACAAAUGCCUGAUCCCAAAACGUACAAGCAACAUUUUGAAAACAAACAUCCCAAAAAUGAAAUGCCUGCCGAUCUGAAGGAUGUCGUCUAAAAAAACAUAAACAAAAACCUAAGGACAACGAGAAAACAAAUCCUUCUGUCUUAAAAAAAAAAAAAACUAUUUAAUUUUCUAAUUAUUCUUUUUUUGUAUUAAAUAAUUUUUAUUUUUGUUUUAUAAAGAGAAAAGAAAAAUGCAACAAAUAUCCUGAUUUAUAUAUACAAAUGAAAACAAUAAGAAGGAAAAAGAAAAAAACAAAACAAAACAUAAAAAAGAAUCGUAUAUAUCUAGUAAAUUUAAGGGAAGAAUAACAAAAACAAAACAAAACAAAAAACCAGCUAAAAAGAAGAAGGAAGAUGAUAUUAUUGAUAUAAAAAUUGGUGUUUCUUUUCUUCGACAAAAAAAAAUAAAUAAAGAAAUUAAUUAAAUAUUAACGAAAUGAUGGCGUGUGUGACGGAUGUGUGUGUACAUUGAAGACUCAACAGCAGCAUUUCUGACUAUUAAUAUGUAAAAACAACAACAAAACAAAAAAAAUAAACGACUGCUUUUGCUUUUUGCAAGAGUGAUGGAAAAAAAGAAAACAAAACAAAAAAAUGUAACUCACUUGUGAAUUUUUAAUUUGUAUUUAAAUAAAAAUAUUAAAACAAAACAAA